AUGGCAGGAGAUCCCCGCGCUCUGCUCCAGAAGGCAGAUAAGACGCUCGCCUCGGCGUCCGGCGGUUUCAGCUUCUUCGGAGGCAAGGAGGACAAGUACAUGACGGCGGCCGACACAUAUAUCGAGGCCGCCAAUGCCUUCAGGGUGCAGAAGAUGAACAGAGAAGCCGGCCAGGCGUUCGAAAAGGCCGCCUCGGUGCAGAUCAACAACCUGAAAGAGCCCGACGACGCCGCCAACACAUACGUCGACGCCUUCAAGGUCUACCGGCAAGAGUCGCCCGAGGACGCCGUCCGCGUGCUCGAGUUCUCCAUCCAGCAGUACUGCAAGAAGGGCAACUUCCGCCGCGCCGCUCAGCACAAGGAGAGCAUGGGCGAGGUGCUCGAGACCCAGGUCGGCGACACCAAGAGGGCGCUGGAGUGCUACGAGCUGGCUGCCGGCUGGUACGAGGGCGACAAUGCUUCCGCUCUCGCCAACAAGCUCUGGCUCAAGGUGGCCGACAUCGCCGCCCUCGAGGCCGACUAUUACAAGGCCAUCUCCAACUACGAGAAGGUCGCUGCCCAGUCGAUCAACAACAACCUGAUGCGCUACAGCGUCAAGGACUACUUCCUCAAGGCCGGCAUCUGCCACCUGGCCUCGGCCGACAUGGUCGCCACGGACCGCGCCCUCGAGAAGUACCGCGACAUGGACCCGACCUUUGCCAGCAACCGCGAGCACCAGCUGCUGGUCGACCUGAGCGAUGCCGUCAAGAAUGGAAGCCAGGACGAGUUCACCGACCGCCUGUUCCAGUUCGACCAGAUGAGCAAGCUCGAUAAGUGGAAGACGACCAUCCUGGUCAGGGUUAAGAAUGCCAUCCAGGCCGAGGAGGAGGAUUUCUCGUAA